CUUUUUGUUACUUGUUGAAUUCGCCAGAUGGCAAUAACUCAUCUUGUUGGCACUAGAACAGUCACUAGCCACGCACAAAGGAUCCAGCCCCCUACUCCGCAUCCGUCAUCACCACCACAACACCCGCAGCCCCAGCACCCCGACACCCCAACACCUGCCUAUUCUCCGCACACACGAAUCUUCCACGGCUGCGACUGCAACAACGACAAACCGUCCCCCCCCGUUUCCACUACAACUACGACGCGAUGGCGGCUUCAGGUCGACCACUGGGUCUCGGUUCGCGCGCGAACCUUGCCGCAAACAAGGCCGCGCUGAUGAGCGGGGCGCUGGUCAAGAAAUCUACCACCACCGUCACGACGACAACAACCACCAAGCCUGCACGUCGCGGCUUCGGACUGUUCGAUAGCGACAAUGAGUUCGAUUCCGAUACCGCCGAGCCGGUGCAGAAGGCGCCAGUGCGGUUUACCGGUGACCGCAGCGCGUUCGCGAACAUGAGUGAUCGCAGCGAUAGUGAAGGAGGAGCGUCUUCGCGCAACACAAAGAGCUCCAGUCGGAAGUCGAGGCUUACGACGCCCUCGAAGAAGAUCGCUAGUAGACGUGGAACGCCGUACCAUCCCACUUCGAGGGCGCGGAGGUUCCAGUCUGCGGCGGAGAGCGGCGCCGACACCGAUGACGAGAAGUUGAUCAGCGAGAGCAUGUUUGGGGAUUCGCCGGCGCCGAUAAGUAAGAAGAAGGCGCGGUUUGCGCUGGCAAACUCGGAGGAUGAGAGGGAGGAGUCGACGGAGUUGGAUACCGACCAGGAGCAGAAGACCCCGAUUAGAAACCGGAGACCAUCUCGUCCGAAACCAGUAGAGAAAUCGAAUCAGCAGUCUGAGGAGACCGUCAUCAGCAAGACGACCUGGGGCCAAUGGUUGAGGAGCAUCGUCACACACCCUGUCGCGACUCUUCUCACCACACAUGCACCAACCAAGAAUGACAGCCAUAACCAUCCCAAGACCCCCGAAACCGAAUACCGUUCUCCGGCGAUGCCUGGGAGCUUUGAGAAGUCGCUUACUCUCCCUCCUCCACCACUUCCUCUUCCUGCCGACGAAACCAUCCACAACCACAACAACGGUAACACCCACAACGGCAACUACCGCUUCUUUAAUCGCGAUACCCAGAAUACCCCGGUUAGAAAUGCGGAUGGCCUGUUCCAGCAUGGUAUCUCUCCUUUCAACAUGUCCUCGCCUGCCAGUACCGCAUCGAAUGGAUCCGCUUCUCCUGCUUCCGCCAAGAAGGGAUCCAGGGCACUUACAGCUCCCAUCGCCAGCAGGCGCAUGGCUCCUCCUGCUGCCGUCACCAGCUACCGCAAGCCUUCGAACUUCAUUGCGCGCAUGCGUGGUGAGACCAAGCAGAAGCGCUUUGAUCCUUACAGCAGACCAUCUUCGACUCGUAGGAAGAGGGGGGCGCCCGUGGAAAUUCUCCCGGAGGAGAUUACCAAGGAUCUUACUCCUGAGGAAGAAUUGGAUAUGCUUGAACGACGUGAGAAGGAUCGCAAGGUCCAGGAAGCGGAAGAUCGUUACCUCCGUCGUGAGGCCCUACGCAGAAUGGGAAAGAUUGUGGAGGAUGAGGAGAUGUCGGAUACUCCGACGGAAUCGAAGAAGGGCAAGGGCAAGGGCAAAGGCAAGGUUGCUACUGUUGACGACAUGGACGACGACGAGGACGACCGCGCGCACAGAUCCAACACCCCUCCCGACUCGCCACCACACAAGCUGAACGGCAGUCCCCUGUUUCAAAACCUGGCACCCAAGGGCUCCCCACCUCUGUUCCAGUUCGUCACCGGAUCGACGACGGCAUCCACCAGCGAAAAGAGAGCACCCGUCGAGCUGAACUCUGGAGAGAGAUAUGCAGGAUUUGCUUCCUUGUUCCCUUCCGAGACCGACAGCGACAAGGAGAACGUCCACAACCCCCCUCCCCCGCCCACCAUGUCCCACCGGGAACUGCCCGCGGCACCUAUCCCGGCACCCGCACCCCCGGCGUCCGGCACCAGCCUCUUCCCCGAGAAGCAGCCGGUCGGCGGCUUCGGUAUCUCGGAGGGCCCCGUCCUCCAACCAACCCCCGUCUCUCCCUCGAUGACCCGCCAGCGCUUCGACAAGUUCAAGCCCCGCGUCUCCUCGGGACUCCGCGAGAGCGCUACGAUCGAGAAGGAGAACGAACAGGACAAGGAGAACCCAUCCGAGAACUUCCUCAACCCUCACGGCGAGGGCCCCUCCUCAUCCGGCGGCAAACCCUCGAAAGCCGCCUUCGGCACCCAAGUCGUCUCGAAGCCUUCCACGCAAAUCAGCUCUAGCAGCGCGCUUCGGGAAGUCGGCCGCAAUGCCUCCGCGGGCACCGGCGUAAAAGUCGACAUCGGCGGCAAAAUCGCAGCUGUAUGUCCCCAUCCCACUUCCGACUCGUGGCAUGCAUCGCUGACGAUGGUGAAACAGUUACCGGUCGAGGAGCUCAGCGCGCUCAUUGCCUGGCCCGGUGUCGAGGUGUUUACCACGGCGGAUACCAAAAUCCAGGAGGCGGUGCGCGCUGCGUGGAAAGAGGACGAGCAGGAGUGGCUGGGCGAGUGGGCUAAUGGUGUAUUUGGCGAGGCGAGCGCGAUGGUCACUAGAGUGUAAGGGUGUAAGGGGAUAGGGCGGUAUUUCAUAUUUGGAACUUUUGUUCGUUCUUUUCUCUUUUGCUUUCUCUUCAAAGCUGGGUUUGCUUGUCAAUAGGGUCUUGUGGUUUUUUUUCUUUCUAUUUCUUGUGGGAGCGUUGCAGAUAAUCCGGUUGAUUUUUUUUUUCAUCUUUUUUUGUUCUUUUGUUUUCAUUUCUCUGAUGCGAGGGAAUGGGAAUACGUACCGUGGGUUGCUUAGAGUUUCUAUGCGCUGUGUGUUGGCUGGCUACAUAGGAGUUGAACGAUUCUCCUAGCAUUGAUGUCCUGAAUCCGACAAAAAGUAUCA